GCUUCACGUGACCACAGGAGAGGCCAAGCUGGAGCUCUCCUGAGCGACAAAAGUUGGGCGCAGCACGCCCAUAGCUUGUGCGCGCCAGGCUCUCUGUUGCAAAUCUACAUUUCCAGAGCCCCGUUUUACAGCCAUUAUGGUACGAGUUUUCCCCUGUCUCCGAAUCACGUCGAGAAAGCUGACCGGGGAUUCCUCGACAGCUCGGUCCACUUGUUGGGUCCGUCAUGCUUUUGGUCGCAACUGCGAUCUUCCUUUACUACACAGCAUGGACGCUGUUGA